CGGACUAUCGAUAUAUUAAUACAAAUCCUUAUACACUAACUCAACUUUGAUGUUUGGCAAAAGGAAAGUGGAAAAACAUCUGGAAUGCCUUGCGUUUGCGGGAAGAAGUGCUCGCUAUUGUGCCUCUUCAUCAGCAUCUGGGGCACAUUCCAGAUGCUGCUGAUGGGAAUGUCCUACUCGAUGCACUCGUUGGCGUUUCUACAUUCUCUGCCGCUCAAGGACCAUUACAAUAGCCUGCAGGAGUUUCGCACCGAGGCGGAUCGCGCCUUCAGCGAGCUGGCCAUACGCUGCUAUGUAACCGCCGUGCUCUACGGUUGCUUUGCGUUCAUCUCCUACAUUUGUUUGCGUUUAAGGAAUAAGAAGCUAGCUGCGUCGAAGGACGCGAAACAACUUCGCAAGCGGAAAGUCUGAAACUCUGAGAUGCAUUUUGUAUAUACUUAUAUAUUUUGUAGACAUCAUAAAGCAAUG